AUGUGUGAUACAACUUGUCAGACACAGCUUCUAUUGUCACCGGAUUAUGUAGUUACGGAUGGAAAUAGCACUACGACUCGACAAUCAGCUUCUAAUGGAUUAAUCAAGAAAACACUUAUUAAUAUAAAUGUCGGAGGUCGACAGGCGAAACUGCCAACUGAAAUUGUUAAUCGACGAUUGGAGACAUCUCGUCUAUCAGUCUUCUGUCAGAAGAAUCAUGUGGAGAGAUUAACAGACUGCGAUGCAUACUUCGAAUCAAAUAACGAAUAUUAUUUUGAACGUAGCCCAAUCAUAUUUGAGUAUGUUGUUGAUUACUACAUCACAGGAAAACUUCAUCGUCCAAUGGACGUAUGCCCAAUACGAUUACGAUAUGAGUUGGAUUAUUGGCGAAUACCUGUACAGGCUAUGGCUCCGUGUUGUAUGUUAGAAGAGAAUAAUAAUAUGGCUUCCAAAUUAAAAAAUGAAAAAGCGUUCGUUGAUUCGUAUCCUUCGUCCUAUUUCGAUAAAGUCUUAUUGGGACCUCAGCGUUUAAAGCUAUGGCGUAUACUCGAAAAUCCUCGCAGCUCAUCAACGGCAAAACUUUUUUCAAUCGUUUCAGCCUUCUUUGUACUUCUAUCGCUAUUGGGAUUAAUUCUAAGCUCAAUGCCUGAAUUGCAAGAUGAGCAUCGAGAACCACAUUUCCUUCUAACCUGGCUUGAAAUAUUGUGUAUGAUUUACUUUACGUUUGAAUAUAUAAUUCGUUUUCUCGUCAGUCCACGUAAGGCUGAGUUCUUGAGAUCUCCACUCAAUGUUAUUGAUGUUUUAACUAUUUUACCAUUUUUGAUUGAAGCUUUCAACGAACUACAAUGGAUUCGUAACUUCCGAGGUGCAAUGCUUGUUGUGAGAGUAAUGCGAUUAGCUCGUGUUGCUCGAAUCUUCAAAUUAGCCAGAUAUAGUACUGGGCUUCGAGCUUUUGGACAAACUAUGAAAAAAUCGGCUGCUGAGUUGAGUAUGUUAGGAAUGUUUUUAGUAACAGGAAUCAUGCUGUUCUCAACUGCAAUCUAUUUCUUCGAACGCGAUGAGCCAAAUUCCAAAUUCUACUCUAUUCCGGCAGCCUGUUGGUGGUGCGUAAUCACAAUGACGACAGUAGGGUACGGAGAUCUUGUACCUGUAACAGCAGGAGGAAAAGUCGUCGCUGCUAUGGCAUCGGUAUGCGGUAUCAUUGUCUUGGCUUUCCCAAUUUCGAUGAUCAUCGAUAAGUUUGCUGAAUCAACUAGUUGUUGGAAUGAGGAAGAAGAACGAAAUGGUUCACGCAGAAAACAAACGAAGCGAUAUCUUUUCUAA